AUGCCUCGUGCUCAGUCCCCUCGUGGUUCUUUUUUAAGUCUGGCUUCUACUUUAUUUGCAACUAUUUUCGUGGCCUGUGGCAUCAACGCAUGUAUCCGUCCAACUCAUGCUCUAUCAUUCUUUUCAUUUGAGCCACCCGCGGGUGCCGCAGAUCAGAAGCUGGUCGAUAGCCUGAUGGCAGUUUACGGGGUUCGCGACAUAUUCAUGGGAUUGGUGAUUUACAUUGCGAAUUUUAUGGGGACUCCAAAGUCUUUGGGCUGGACUUUGAUCGUCACUAGUCUUGUCGCAUUCGCUGAUGGCGCCCUAUGCUGGACUCAUGGCCAAGGAUAUUGGGAUCAUUGGGGAUAUGCCCCGAUUAUUCUCGUUCUUGGGGCCCUUGCACUCGGAUCGAGUCCUUCGAAAUCGAACUGA